UGCAGCCUCGGUGUAGAGUAGAAAACGGACUGUCGCUGGAGAGCAAAGAAGAGGAGAGAGGUGGAAAAAAGGAGUGAAAUGGUGUAAAAGCUGAACGAGUCCAGACCGAGUCAGGGGACAGACGAGGAGGGACGACGCAGAAGGAUUGUUGUUCUUUCUAUAAUUAUCAUUAAAGUCAGUAAACUCCCGCUUUUUGAUGCUGUCCUCACGGAGGUCUGAGCCAAUAACGGACUUAUUGGUCGGCUGAACCAUGCAGAGGCUGCUGCUCCUGAGUUUGCUGUUGAGUUUUCAAACUGCGUGGACAGCGAGGUUCUCUCAGGAGCCGGCAGACCAGUCGGUGGUGCGGGGCCAGAGGGUGAUCCUGUCCUGCGUUGUCUUCAACUACUCAGGCAUUGUUCAGUGGACCAAAGAUGGCCUGGCUCUGGGCAUCGGAGAGGACCUCCGGGCCUGGCCCAGGUACCGCGUGCUGCGCGUGCAGGAGUUGGGUCAGUACAACCUUGAGAUCCAGUCAGCGGAUCUAUCUGACGACUCCCUGUACGAGUGCCAGGCCCCUGAUGCCGCUCUGAGGUCCAGGAGGGCCAAACUCACCGUCCUCAUCCCCCCAGAUGACCCGGUGAUCGAUGGGGGUCCGGAGGUGUUGCUGAAUGCGGGGGAGUCCUACAACCUGAGCUGCGUGUCUCGAGGGGCUAAGCCGCCUUCUAUGAUCGAGUGGCUUAAAGAUGGUCUGCCUGUGGAAGGUGCUGCCAGUAACACUGAGGUCCUUCCAGACAGGAAGAGGGUGACCACACGUAGCUACCUGCCAAUCCAGCCUGUCGACAGCGACACUGGGAGGAACUACAGCUGUGUGGCCACCAACCUGGCUGUUCCCACCGGCAAAAGCACAACUGUCACCCUCAACGUACACCAUCCACCGACAGUGACCUUGUCCAUUGAGCCUCGCUCUGUCCUGGAGGGGGACCGAGUCACCUUCACCUGCCAGGCUCACGCCAACCCUCCUAUUAUGGGCUACAGGUGGGCUAAGGGGGGCGUGGUGCUGCAGGGAGCCAGGGAGAGUGUGUUCACCACCAAGGCUGACCACUCCUUCUUCACUGAGCCUGUCUCCUGUCUGGUUUUCAAUGCUGUGGGAAAGACCAACGUCAGCAUCUUGGUGGACGUUCACUUUGGUCCAAUUCUGUUGGUGGAGCCGCAGCCAAAAACAGUAGAUGUUGACUCUGAUGUCACCCUCAACUGCAAAUGGGCUGGAAACCCUCCGCUCACACUCACCUGGUUCAAAAAGGGUUCGAACAUGGUUCUGAGUAACAGCAACCAGCUGUAUCUGAAGUCAGUGAGCCAAGCGGAUGCCGGCCAGUAUGUAUGUAAGGCCAUCGUCCCACGGAUUGGAGUAGGAGAGACUGAGGUCACGCUCACCGUCAACGGUCCUCCCAUAAUCUCCAGUGACCCAGUCCAGUAUGCAGUGAGAGGGGAGAGAGGAGAGGUGAAAUGCUACAUAGCCAGUACACCUCCUCCAGAUAAGAUUGUGUGGGCGUGGAAAGAGAACGUAUGGGAGAAGGAGAAGGGGACGCUGCUGGAGCGGUAUACGGUGGAGCAGAGCAAACCAUCGGCCGAGGGCGGCGGCGUCCUCUCCACCCUCACCAUCAACAACGUGAUGGAGUCCGACUUCCUGUCCACCUACAACUGCACGGCCUGGAACUCGUUUGGCCCCGGCACCAUGAUCAUCACACUGGAGGAGACUGAGGAGGUCCCAGUGGGGAUAAUAGCUGGUGGGACAGUGGGCUCUACCAUCCUCUUGUUCAUCUUCCUGCUGGUCCUCGUUCUCAUCUUCUACCGGCAGCGCAAAGGCAGUCGGCGCGGGGUCACUCUGGGUAAGCCCGACAUCAAGGUGGAGACGAUAAACAAGGAGACCCACAGCUUGGAGGAGGACUCCGGCAGCGUGUCCACGGCUUCGCGCAUGGUCAAGGCCAUGUACUCGCCUUUUAAAGAUGACAUAGAGCUCAAGUCUGACCUCCGCAGCGACACCCUGGACACCCGCCAGGAGUAUGACCUAAAGGACCCCACUAACGGCUACUAUAACGUGCGAGCCUCCACCCACGAUGAAGGCCGCCCUGCCUCCCGCUCCACCAUGCAUUACUCUGACUACCGCUCCCCUGCGGGAACACCAGGGGGAGCUGCGUCCAUUAGCAGCAGCGCCGGCGGCUCAGGAGCCACGGCCAGCGGAGGAGCCCCAGGUCCCCCCGGGCCCCUCACCUCCCCUGGCCGCCCCCAGGCCUGCUACGACCCCCGGCCCCCCUCCAGACUGUCCCACAUCAGCUACGCCCAGUUCAACACUUUCACCCGCGGGGGCCAGAGCCAGCAGCCUCCAGCCAACCCCGCCCCCGUGGCC